AUGAGUGGCAACGACAGUGACCAAAAUAUGGAUCGUGCAGAAGAUACUGAGAACCCUCCUGCUCCUGCUAGUGAACCUGCAAACGGCGAGAGGCCUACAAGAAGUAUAACCGUUUCGAUCCAGUAUUCCUACUUCAAUCCCAAUGGUUUGGCAAACUUAAACCCUAAUCAACCAAAUGGAAAUGCUGAGGGGAAUGGUGAAACUCCUACAGUGAAUAGACCUGAUGGAGCCUUGAUCCUGUCAUUUAGAGAUGUUCCUACUUCAACACCACAAGAGAGAUUGGAGUCUAUCAUCUCCAUCGCAGCCGAGUUGGCUAUGCGUCGUUUCAGUGAUAUGAUGUCUCAACCCAAGGGUAUUACUAAAGAACAAUUUGAACAACUUCCUGCUCUGAAAGUGAGGGAAUUGGCAGAUAGACACAAUACAAUUUGUAGCAUCUGCUAUGAUGCUUACGAGGAUGAGUUGUCGAAUAUAUUCAAGAGGACUAGAGAGGAUGACUUGGAUGGCAGAGACGGGUUACAAAAGAAACAGAGAUCGGAAUCGCCAGUAGUAGUUCCGACUGAACAAUCAUCUUCACAGCAAGAUGAGAACACAGAGCAGGCACCAAAUGUAAUGGAGCCCCCAACAUAUAAGCACUCACCAGUAGUACUACCAUGUAAUCAUGUUUUUGGUAGAGAAUGUCUCUUCAAGUGGUCGCAGCUGGAAAACAGUUGUCCGUUGUGCAGACACAAGAUAGUCGAAGCUGCAGCUGGGCAAUCGGGUGAGGAUUCCAAUGGAGCUGUAGCGAAUCAAAAUGCUGAAGCUUUCGAAAGAAUAAGGCAAGCGUUGUAUAAUCCCUCGGCACCAGAUCAGCAGACAGAGGGACCCACAAGUACCAAUGCGGGCAACGAUUUGCAUAAUUUCACCUUUUCUCGCUCUGGUAUAGUGCUUUUAAGGCCUGAUACUCGAGCUGGUCUAGCUACAGGAGAAGCAGGGGCUCAGACGGAAAAUGAAAAUGGGGCUACGGCGACGAACGAGGGUACCGGUGAGCAAUCGGAUUCAACCCCAUUGAACUCAAUCAAUAGUCCAGACUCUAGAAGAAUACAAUGGAUACCUCUUCCCAUAACGGCAAUCCAAUUGCCUACCAGCCUUAAUAAUGAAAACAAUGAUGACACCAAUGAUGGGGAAUCCGCACCUUCAGGACGUCCUGCAAACGAAAGAUUAAGAUCUAUACUGAACAACAUUUUCAAUAGCAUUUCUACUGAGUCUACUGCUUCAGAGUCUGCGGAACGAACGGCCUCUACGCCAACCCUCUCCACAACUGAAUCUUCUACAAGUUCAGCUUCACAAUCAAAUACCCCACCUGUCCCUCGCCGGAGAUCGUUUUUGGAUCACAUCCUGAGAAUAACGAAUCGUCAUAGAAACCGUUCAGACAGUAACAAUACCGAAUCGGGCUCUUUACCUAUUCCACAUCCUCAGGCAUCAAACAGCAUGUUUAACUCUGGUGUUGCUAGUUACAGAAAUCCAGAUGGACAAGUUUCUACCUUUCAUGUAAGUGAUGGCCCUUUGCCAUUGCCACCUCGUAAUAAUCAGUCUACAAGAAAUUCUAACAGCGGUAAUGAAGAUGAAACUCAUCAGGGACCUUCUCAGCAGACUAAUGGCGAUGCGGCAAGUGGUAGUAAUGAUUAA